AUGAAUUCUAGGUACCAUCCAUGGUCGUUUCUGAGAAGUCCAGGAUGGGUACAAAUUAAGUGUGAACUCAGGUAAAAACCUUCACUUAUAAGUGAUGAGUAAUAAAUCUUAAUGAGUCCCUUGUUAGCUAGAACGCAACCCUAAAACCUCAUAUGCGUGCAUCAGAUCAGAAAAAAAAAUCGUUGUCGAUCCACAUGAAUUUAUUAGGAGUUGAAGUAAUCUGUCUUGCAGUACUUCUGUAAUUUGAAUUCCCCCGAAACGUUCACGUGCCCGUCGGGCAAGUCAAGGACAGAAUUCCCUGCCCCGAUUGCAAAAUUCAGUAGCCCCAGGUAAUCGGACACGAUAAGCUGAAAACUCGAGAUAGAUUUGUAAUAAAAUGUGAACUGGUUUUCGUCAUCGAUUUUCAAUGACAUUUCCUUCGUCCUUCAGAACUCUCGCUUCCUUUGCUUUUAAUCUCAACAUCGACUGGGAGCUGACUGGGGAACACAAGACUGUAAGUAUCUUAGAAUACCCGGGAUGAGUGGGGAAAAAUUUUCUUGUAUAAGGGUAAAGACGAGAAGUGGAAGAGUAUUCUGACUGUAUACCCUACUGGUCAAUAGAUGUCCUUCAAACAAGCUCUCAGUGCAAGGGAUUUUAAGAGGUGGGAGAAAUGAAACAUUGUUCUUACUAAUAGUUUCUCUCGUGACUAACCAACUCUCACUACCGCGUAUCUAGUGAAUAACAGUGUCUUUUUAACUAAUUUCAUCUGGUUCGCUGAUAACUUACACUUCUACAAGGGACCCGAUUUGUGUUUUCUGUUCUCUUGCGCUGUGUCUGCAUUACACGCCAGUGCUCGCUAGUUUGGUAUAACCGUCUGGCCUUACAUUCAAGAAACACCGAUUAGUUUUCUGAAAUGUUUAGAAUGCUCACCUUAUAAGGGGUUUGUGUGUAAUAUGAAUGGUGUUGGGAACGCAAAAAUUAAUUUGUUUUGGUUAAAGACAAGGAUUUACAGAUGCCGGCUACCUUGUUAUAACCGUCUAGCCUUACAUUGAAGAAACACAUACCAGUUUAUAUGUUAAAAGUGCUCGUCUUAUAGGGGUUUUGUGUUUAAUGAGUGUUGAAAGGAGCAAUUAACUUUCUUUUUUGCUAAAGAUAGAGGUUUACAGGUGCUUUUAUUUAUGAUAGAGAAUUGUUCAGAGUCAGUGUGGAUAGGCAGAGCAUGCAUGAUAUCUGCGUCAUUCCCACGUGAUAUUGUAAAGAUGUUUGCAUUGAGAUACUGUGCAUAUCUUAUGGCUGUAAGGGUAAUUAGGCUUAAAUAUUAAACUGUGUGUUUCAUAGCAGGUUGUAGAUGGGUACGUCAGUCAAAAGAAGUUCCAGGUUAGAUAUUGGUUUUAUUGUCUACAUUUGGCUUUGUACAGCAGAUAUUUCACUUACUAA